CUCUUCCCUACAGGAACAACAGCCAAAUGAAGAAGCGGCCAACAUCUGCAGUGGGCUACAAGAGGCCUAUCAGCCAGUACGCUAGGGUUGCCAUGGCGAUGGGGUCCCACCCCAGGUACAGGGCUGAAAAUAUAAUGUUUUUGGAGUUGGACGUAUCCCCUCCAGCUGUCUUUGAGAUGGAAUUCUCUCACGACCAAGAACAGGACCCUCGUGCACUACACUUGGAGAGGCUUAUGCGGUUGGACAGCUUUCUGGAAAGACCUUCCACAUCUAAAGUCCGAAAGUCCAGAUCCUGGUGCCAGAGUCCUCAGCAGCCUCCACCCUCUACCACACAUGCCUCCCUGGCCUCUGCUUCCCUACACCCUGCGACAGUGGUGGACCAUGAAUGACAACCUUCACAUCAGGGUGCCCGUCCCACAGACUCCUGGGAUGGGGCGGCCCACCCUGACUCAUCUCAUCUGCCGCUUGGUGCGUGUAUGUGUGGGCAUGUGCCUGUGUGUGUGUGGGCAUGUGCCUGUGUGUGUGUGGGCAUGUGCCUGUGUGUGUGUGUGUGUGUGUGUGUGUGUGUGUGUGUGUGUGUGUGUGUGUGUGUGUAGGGGCGAGAAGCUGGCAGAUGGUGCCUCUGCCUGCUCUUUGUCGCUACCUUUAUUUAAUUCAUGUUAUUUAUUCGUGGAGCUCAGUUCGUGUGGAGGAAAUGCCCUCUCCUGAGCUGUCUGGGCCUGCCGUGGUCACUACGUAGCCUCCUUUUCUUCUGACUUUAGACCCCCCCAAUCAGACCUCAGAUUCUUCCUCAUGUCAGCUGCCCCCGGAGGGGAAGGUGGCCAGUGCCUGAGAAGACAGUACUUUUUCUACCCGUCUCACUGCAUCACCUCCAUCUCCUCCCACUCUGAUGGUGAGCAGCCCCUAAGCACUUUCUGGUACUAGAAAACCACUGGGUGCCCACUGAGGACAAGAGACAUCCUGGCAGUGUUGGACCUGUGCCGUGGACAGAGCCCCGUCUCCACUUUCUGGGCCUUAGACAACCUCUUUCUCUUUCGGCCUCUUGGACUCCUUGUCAAGGACAGAAAGGACCUCACCACCACAGCCCGUGCUCUUCAGCUUUGGCAAGAACUCACAGCUUCCCAAACCCUGCCUCUGGCCCACCCUCCCAAUCCUGGGGUGGGAAUUGCAAACCAGCCCGUUGCUGCCACCUCAGAACCUGAAGGAAAUGGCACAGUGAUUGAGACAAUUUGAAAGUCAUCGAGGGAAGUCCCUCCUCUGGGUCUCUCUGUUUCCAUCCCCUCCGAGAAGUAACUCUGGUCAACGAACCAUUAAGUCGACUCCCCAUCUUUUGAGAUACUGCUGCUUCCUGCUUUGAUCAUAUCUUCCUGCAGCUGCCUGGAUCCCAGUUCAUAUGGGAGGUGUCACUGUCAUCCCACCCUGGCUAAAGGAAGAUAUUCAAAUCAAUUGCUUUUUCCUCCACUUAGCACAGGAAACAGACACCCAGACACCAUCUUUUCUGACUUUGCCUAUCACCCUGUUUCUGAAUCACAUUUUGGGUGUGCUGUUUUGUUGAAAAUGGACGCUUUCUUCACUAGUUGUUCAAAUUGGUCCUUACCUUACUUUGUGACAGUCCAAGAUGUCUCCAGGUAUCUCAAGUGAUAGGUAAAUUUCUACCCCCCAAAAAGGAUAACUUCCAUUGAUUUACUUUUUAAGAAUACUUUGUGGUGGAGAGAUGACAAAAGCAAGUAAGUGAGUUAGGAUUUCAAAAUGCCCUAGAAUAUGAGGCGUUCUGUCAUGAGGGUGAAGGUAUGAGAAUGACAGAUCGGCCUGAAAUGUAGUGUGUAAUGCCAGGCACAGUGGCUCAUGCCUGUCAUCUCAGCACUUUGGGAGGCGGAAGUGAGGACUGACUAAGCCUAAGCCCAAAGGUUCAAGAACCCGCCUGGGCAACUUGGCGAGACUUUGUCUGUACAAUAAAUCAAAAAAAUUGGUUGGGCAUAGUGGUGCGAGC